AUGUCUUUUGAUCGUUGGAUGUCUCGACCCAGUAUUCUUCCAGCAUCAUCAUCAUCGGAAAGUGAUAAUCCACGAAUUUCGCUUUCCUUUGAAAAGGAUAUUCCUGAUCUGUCUGCUAAAAUCUUUGACCGUCUUUUCAACUAUCAUGUUGUUGCAGAACAGCAAGUGAAUGAAUUAUUACAACAAUUUGAAUACAGUAAAAUUACGGAGAAGGCUGAAAAACAUUUGAAUGAAUCAGAGAAGAAUGUAGAGCAAACUUCAACCAAGAUUGUUCAAUGCACCAAUAUAUUGGUUGAGAAUUUACCAGAAUUUCAAAAAUCACUCUCCAUCUCGUUGGCUCUCGGAAACGAAUGGAUGAAGAAGAGAAUCAAACCACAUCAACCCAUCCAAUCAGUCUCACCUUCUACUUCAAACUCUGUAUCAUCAUCAUCUUCCACGACGUCGGGAGUCCUGCCUUCAUCAAGUCAUCCAUCUUCUGCUAAUACCGAGCAGCAAGAAAAACAGUUAUAA